UACAAAAAUAUUUGUUUUUAAAAACUUCAAACAAAUUAUGUGUCCCUGGCUGCAUCUAGUAAUGAAUAAAAAAAAAAAACCCAAAAAUUAAAAAAGAAGAAUAUACCUCAUAGGUGAAGUUAAUUAACAAAAAGAAAAGAAAAGGGAAAAACUUACGAAUACACAACCUGCUUGUUCCUAUUUUUUGCGGGUGAACGACAUUUCCCACGACACAACUCCCCUUUCAUUGUUUACUCCGCCAUUUCCCUUUUUAAUUCUCCACUCUUUUCUUCGUCUUCCCCAUUUUCCCUCUUGUAUUUGUUUGUUCUUCCAACCCAAUUUUUCCUGCAUUUUUCAAUUUUCUGUUAACAUUCAUCCAAUCAAUCAUCAUGUCUUCUGCUUUGGCUGUUCCCAAAAUCUUUUACUCCAUCAAUCAUAAUUAUAGUUAUAAUAGAUCCAAUGACAAACCCCUCUUUGAUCCUGUUAAAUCUUUACAACCCUCUUUUCUUGGAUCUGUUAACAAACUUAGCGUUUCUUCGAAAAUACCCUUUUCAUCCUCUUCUGUUUCCACUACUGUUGUUGCUGUGUCUGAGGUUUAUAAGGAAAAGAAGUCCAAAACUGCUGCUUCUCCUUCAAAUCUGUUGAUUACUAAAGAGGAAGGUUUGGUGCUUUAUGAGGACAUGACUUUGGGUAGAGAGUUUGAGGAUAUGUGUGCCCAGAUGUAUUACAGGGGAAAAAUGUUUGGAUUUGUCCAUUUAUAUAAUGGGCAAGAGGCUAUUUCAACUGGGUUUAUCAAGUUAUUAACCCAGAAAGAUUCUGUUGUUAGUACUUACCGUGAUCACGUUCAUGCCCUUAGCAAGGGUGUCCCUGCUCGUGCUGUGAUGAGUGAGCUUUUUGGUAAAGCCACUGGUUGCUGCCGCGGGCAAGGAGGGUCUAUGCACAUGUUCUCCAAGGAGCAUAAUGUUCUCGGUGGUUUUGCCUUCAUUGGGGAAGGAAUUCCUGUUGCCACGGGAGCUGCAUUUACGAGCAAGUAUAAGAGAGAGGUGCUGAAGGAGAACUGUGAUGAUGUGACAGUGGCGUUCUUUGGAGAUGGGACUUGUAACAAUGGGCAGUUCUUUGAGUGUUUGAACAUGGCUGCAUUGUGGAAACUCCCCAUUAUUUUUGUAGUGGAGAAUAAUUUGUGGGCAAUUGGAAUGUCCCAUGUAAGGGCAACUUCUGAUCCCGAGAUUUGGAAGAAGGGUCCUGCUUUUGGGAUGCCAGGGGUCCAUGUAGAUGGAAUGGAUGUUUUGAAGGUGAGGGAGGUGGCAAAAGAUGCUGUUAACCGGGCUAGGAGUGGAGGAGGUCCUACCCUGGUGGAAUGUGAAACUUACAGGUUUAGAGGACACUCUUUGGCAGACCCUGAUGAGCUUCGUGACCCUGAUGAAAAGGCUCGCUACAGUGUUAGAGAUCCAAUAGACUCUUUGAAAAAGUACUUGAUUGAGAACAAGUUGGCCAGUGAAGCUGAACUGAAGGCAAUCAAGAAGAAGAUAGAUGAACUAGUUGAGGAAGCUGUUGACUUUGCUGAUCAAAGCCCUGCUCCCCUUCGAAGCCAACUUCUUGAGAACGUGUUUGCAGAUCCAAAGGGAUUUGGAAUUGGACCUGAUGGUAAAUACAGAUGUGAAGAUCCAAAGUUCACAGAAGGCACUGCCCAACUUUAACUUAUUUUCAGGAUUUUAAUGUAUUUUUUCCUCCUUAUAACCCACCUCCUCUUCAUAACACCUUAUUGUUUUAUUAGGUUUCUCAUUCUGUAUCCCUGUUGAAUAGUGUUAUCUGGUUUGUUUUGAGCUGCAGCCGUGCAGCCGUGAUUCUAGUCUUUUAUGUGCCGAUAUAUUUAUCUAUCAAGUUAUUCAGAUGUGUUUAUGUGC